GACUCGGAGGCAGUGCAGUCGCAGAUCCCUGAAGGUGUGGUCCAUGUACGCCGAUCUGGAGGAGUCCUUUGGCACCUUCAAGACCUGCAAGGCCGUCUACGAGCGCAUCAUCGACCUGAAGAUCUGCACGCCGCAGGUGAUCAUUAACUAUGGCAUGUUCGUCGAAGAGCACAACUACUUCGAGGAGGCCUAUCGGGCCUACGAGAAGGGCAUUGCCCUGUUUAAGUGGCCGAAUGUGUACGACAUCUGGAACUCGUAUCUAAGCAAGUUCCUCGCGCGCUACGGGGGCACAAAGCUGGAGCGGGCACGCGACCUCUUCGAACAGUGCCUGGAUCAGUGUCCCGCUGAGCAUGCGAAGUACUUUUACCUGCUCUACGCGAAGCUGGAGGAGGAGCACGGCCUGGCCCGGCGUGCCAUGUCCGCAUGUCGGGCUCUGCCCGAGCAGCAUAUGCGCCACAUGUGCGUCAAAUUCGCCGAGCUGGAGACGAAGCUGGGCGAGGUGGAUCGAGCCAGGGCCAUCUACGCUCACAGGUGUGCGAUCCCCGCAUCACAGCGGACUUGGAAGGAGUUCGAGGUGCGUCAUGGCAACGAGGAUACGAUGCGUGAAAUGCUGCGGAUCAAGCGUUCCAUUCAGGCCACCUACAACACGCAGGUCAACAUGAUGGCUGCCCAGAACACGAAUGGUGUGGCUGCCGAUGCUGGUGCUGGCUCCGGACCGGAUGCCAUGCGGCUGCUCGAGGAGAAGGCCCGCCAGGCGGCGGCCGAGGCCAAGCAGAAGCCCGCCGAGAAGGCUGCCUCCAAUAUCAUGUUUGUGCGCGGCGAGACCCAGGGCGCGGCCAAGGGCAAGGAAAAUACAGUCGUCAAUCCGGAUGAGAUUGAUAUUGGCGACAGCGAGGACGACGACGACGAUGAGGAGGAGGACCCGCAGCAGCCGAGUGGAGACCAGGACGAGGCAGGCCAGGCCACAACCAAAACCGAUGACGAGGGCCUCACCAUGAAGAAACUGCGCUUCGAACAAAAGGCCAUACCGGCCAAGGUCUUUGGCAGCCUCAAGCCGACAAAUCAAUCCGAUUCCGAUGAGGGAUAAAUCUUUUGUUUCUUUUGAUUAGGCGAAAUAUAAAUGUAUGUCUGUGGAAUACUUCCCUCGAUUUGAGACCUAUUCUUCGGAGACCUAUUCUUCGUUUUGUUCGAAAAUUCAAUAAUUCCUCGAAUCUCAGCAGGCGUUGGCAAUGUUUCCCUGCCAGAGUUUGAGCCUUGAGAUAUCUCAUUCCUUUCGAAUCAGCUGUUGGAAGCACAUCUAUUCCCUCUAUUUUUUAGUUUUUCAUUUUUUUAUUCGGAAAAAAAGCAAAAUUUGUUUGGAACUGUCUGAAAAAUAAGAGAACUUUCGUAACCUGUCGCGAGGGACUGUCACUAUCAUUAA